AUGUUCCGCACUGUGCUCAGCCGGGGGUUUAUGUCGACCCGACUGACGGUGCCACUGGUGCGUCCAGGGCUCGGUAGAGUGGUGAAAAAGGCAAGUGUGCUGCGGUAUCUUGGCUCUGCUUCGAUGCUGCGGGCCGAGCAGCCUCCGCCACAGCCCCCCAAGGACCCCAACAGCAUGUUCAGGAUCCAGUUCCGAAACGCUCGUGACGAUCCCAAGGCGCCCAAGCCUCCUCAGGGCCCGCAAGGGCCAGAUUGGAGGACUGUGCUGACCUACGGCUUUGCUACAGCGUUUAUUUUUACUCUUGUGUUCAACAGUAUGAGCCGGGACAGCCACCUGCUCUCGUGGCAAGAGUUCCGGACCAGUUACCUCGACCAGGGCCUUGUGGAGAGAAUCAUUCUCGUAAACAAGACUCAGGGCAGAGCUAUUCUCAAACAGCACCAGUUCCCCCGCGUGGUCUUUUUCACGGUCGGUAGCGUUGAGCUCUUUGACCAGCAGUACGACGAAGCCAUGAAAGAGCUAAAUCUCCCUGGUGCUCAGCAAGUACCUGUUUCGUAUACCAACGAGACAUCUUUAGGAUCCAUUCUCAUGACUCUGCUCCCCACUGCUCUGUUGAUUGGUGGCUUGUGGUACCUCAUGCGUAGAGGUCUUUCUGGGGCUGGCUCUGGUGGUAUCUUCAAUAUGGGCAAGUCCACUGCGAAAAAGUUCAACGAGGAGAAAGACAUCAAGAUCACUUUCAAGGAUGUGGCAGGCUGUGACGAGGCAAAAGCCGAAAUCAUGGAGUUUGUCAAUUUCCUGAAAGAACCCAAAAAGUACGAGGAGCUUGGUGCCAAGAUCCCCCGCGGUGCUAUUCUAUCUGGACCUCCCGGUACAGGUAAGACAUUACUGGCCAAAGCCACUGCUGGCGAGGCUGGCGUUCCGUUUUACUCUGUAUCUGGUUCCGAGUUUGUCGAAAUGUUUGUUGGUGUUGGUGCCUCACGGGUUCGUGACCUGUUCUCCACUGCUCGUAAAGAAGCACCGUCCAUUGUGUUUAUUGACGAAAUCGAUGCUAUUGGACGUGCCCGCUCUCCCAGUGGUUCGUUUGGUGGUGGCCACGACGAGCGUGAAGCCACCCUCAACCAGAUCCUGGUUGAAAUGGACGGCUUUGCCACAAAUGAGCAUGUGGUUGUUCUUGCUGGCACUAACCGACCGGACAUUCUCGACAAGGCACUAAUGCGACCGGGUCGUUUCUCGAGACAUAUCACCGUUGACAAACCUGACGUGAAUGGCCGGAAACAGAUCUAUGACGUUUACUUGAAGCGCAUUCGCACCAAUCUGAAUCUCGAUACUCUGGCCCAGCGGCUGGCUGCUUUGACUCCUGGCUUUGCUGGUGCAGAUAUUGCCAACUGCGUGAACGAGGCUGCCCUGAUUGCGGCUCGUGGUAAUAACGAUUCUGUCGAGUGGACUCACUUUGAUCAAGCAGUCGAGCGCACUUCGUUCGGUUUGGAAAAGAAGUCCAAGAUCCUCACCCCUGAAGAGCGCCGAACCAUCGCUUAUCACGAGGCUGGCCAUGCUAUCUGCGGAUGGUAUCUUGAACACACAGACCCGCUAGUCAAGGUCACGAUUAUCCCCCGGGGAGAGUCGCUUGGUUAUGCCAAAUACCUCCCUGCUGAUGUCCCGCUACCGUCCAACGUUGAGCUUGAAGACCGAAUGGUUAUGGCGUUGGGUGGACGGGUUGCCGAGGAACUCAAUUUCAACUCGUCAUCCUCCGGCGCAGCCUCUGACUUCCAAAAAGUUACCCAGAUCGCUACCAACAUGGUUGCGCAAUGGGGCAUGUCACCCAAGGUUGGCUAUGUGAACUACGACGAACAAGAGGGCUACUACACCAAGCCGUUCAGCGAGAGCACUGCUGCCGUGAUCGAUCAAGAGGUGCACCGCAUUGUCAACCAUGCCUACGAAAAAUGCCGGGCCCUCUUGUCUGAAAAGGCCGAGCAAGUGAAGGCAAUUGCUGAAGAGCUCCUCAAGAAAGAGAGCCUGGACCGGGCCGACUUUGUCAGACUCAUUGGCAAACGCCCCUUCGAGGACAACAGCAUUGAGUUCAAGUACUUGCAAGGCGAGGGUGUUAUUCGUAAGGACGACGAGGCAUCUGAACCUAAAAAGACCGAAUCCGACUAA